AACACCUCACACAGCCAACACAUCCUCAACUCACUCUAGCACUCCCUAGCACUCCUCUUUCUCUCCUACAACCUACCUUUCCACAACAACCCUUACAAAAAUGAAGUUCACUUUCGCCGUCCUCGCCUUGUCAGCCGCCGUUGCUGUUGCUCACGCCUCCAUUGCCGACACUGUCAGUGGCGCUACACAGGUGGUCCAGCCCAUCCUCAGCGGCACCACAGUUGGUACCAACACCCACAAGCGUUCGCUCCAGGAGCUCGUCGAUGGUACAUUCCAGUCUGUUGGCGACGUUCCCCAAGGUGCCGGUGUGGGCGCGAUCAAGCGAGAACUUGAGGUGCCCGCCGUUGGUCCAGUCCCGUCCACUGGCCCCACCACUGACGACAUCCUUAAUGGCAUCAAUAUGCCUGCUUUGAAGCGAGAACUCGGAGACACUAUCGAUGGCGUCUUGGGUACCGUCGGUAGCCCUCUCGAGGGUACCAAUAUUAGCAAGCGCGAUGUCACCGCAGCCGUUGUCGAUGCGAGGGUUAAGGCUAUCGUUGAUUUUGUCGUCCGGGUGGUCGCAGAUGUCAACGUGCGCUUGUAUGCCGAUAUCGAGGCCUUGGUCGUGGCCCAUGUCCGCGCUAACCUGGGUGUUGCCGGCCUUGUCAGCGUUAAAGCUGAUGUCGAUGCUGCCGUUCACGCCGCGAUCCAGGCGUAUAUCGACCUCGAUGUGGAUGUUGACCUCAAGGUCGCCGUGGGCGCCAUCGUGGACGCCCACGUUACCGGCGAUGUUGCUGUCGAUGUCAAGGCCAUUGUCGCCGACAUCCGCGCCUUGAUCGUCGCCCGUAUCAGCGCCCUGGUCGCCCAUGUCGAUGCCCACGUCCUCGCCAAGGUCUACGCCCAGGUCAAGGUCCUCGAGACCAUCUCCGCCGAAGCGGCCGCGGACGUCGAUGUCUCCGUCGGCUUGAACGUCCAUGCCGAAAUCGAUUUGGUCCUCGCCAGGCUCGACAUCCAUCUCCGGGCUUUGGUCAAGGCCCUCGUUGCCAUCAAUUAAACAUGCGACAAAGGGCGCGUAACAGAAUACAGAAAUAGAAUACAGAUAUAAAGAUAUACAGAUAAUAAUAAAAUCUCUUAAUAAUGAUC